CCUCCCCGGAUUCACGGGAAUUGGAACCAGCAAUUUGCCUUUUUCAAUGGUGUUCUAGUCUUAGGCUGCAUGAUUGUUCCUCCUUUCCUGACCUUGCGGGACCAUGUCCGUUAAUGACCGUCGCGCCAGCUACAUGAGCGCCCCGAGACCCCGCGUUGCGUCCAACCGCGUCGCCGACGCUGAAAAGCCCGCUCUGCGCAGCGCGGCGUCCCCCUUGCAAUCGGAGACCAUGGACCAUCGCGGGAGCUCUUCGAGCCAGAAGAAUAAGCCGACCCGCGACCAACAACAGAUUGUGAGCGACAAGCGUGCCGAGCGAAUGGCAAUCCAUACACGAGAGAAGUCCCAAGUCCGAACGAGGAAUCUCGUUAAAGAAUCCGCCAAUGCCAGCAAUCGAGGCGAGUUUAUGGAGAGAUCUCGGUCGAAAAGAGGAGCGAGCCAGACCGAGGGCGCCAGCCCCAAUUCUCGCAAGAAGGAGAAGCAACCGGCGGAGAUUCCGUGGAGCCCUCAAGCCUCGUUGAUGCCCCAUUCUACAGCGCCGCUAGCUAGUCGAGUAUCGGUUCCUCCGUUGGCCUCCGCAUUGCCCCAGUCGCUUCAACCGACACCGCUCCGCGAGCUUUCCGUCGACGCGCAGGAGAAGGCGAUCCUGGAGGACUUGCUAUACGUGUUUAUGGGCUUUGAGGGCCAGUAUAUCCAUUACCGUGCCUCGUACGACCCAUCCGCGGAGAAGGAUCGGUUGACUGGACCGGCUUUUCAGUUACCCACGGGGAUCGACCCGACUCUCAAGGACCUGACGCAGUCGACAUUGACGAUCGCGACCCAUUACAGCGCGUUAGAGUCAUUCGUGGAGGUCCAGAGUCGUGCCGAGUACGGGGCGGUUAGCCAUGCACUAUGCGCAACGAUUCGGAAGUUGCUCAAGGAGUACUUGGUCCUCGUUGCCCAGCUGGAACACGAGCUGCUGAACAACCCGAGCUUUACGCUACAUGUUUUACAUUUACAUCUGAUGCCGACCAGCCAAUGCUUGGCGCAGCUAUACUCCUUAGGCCAGGAACUGCUCCGGCGAAAUGGGCUGUUAGACCAAGACCUCGACGAGUCCAUUGAUGAUUUUGACGAUGUGGACAACAUUCUUGAACAACUCAAGGAGGGUGGAGAACUUUUGCCGGGGGGCAUGUCGAAGAGGAUCUGCAAAGGCGGCAAUGUUCUGCGGCUCCUGACUGAGCGCCUGGCGACCUUCUCGGGCGACCCAACCACGAAGGCCCUCCUGGAAAGGCUGCUUCGGGACGCGAGUCGGCCGUACAUGACCAUGCUCAAUGAAUGGCUACAUCAUGGAGGGAUCAAGGACCCACAUGGCGAGUUCCUCGUGAAGGAGCAGAAGUGGAUCAAGCGUGAGAAGCUCGAAGAGGACUAUACAGACGAGUACUGGGAGAAGCGAUAUACCAUCCGCGACAACGAAGUCCCGCCACAACUCGAGAGUGUCAAAGACAAAGUUCUCCUGGCCGGAAAGUACCUUAAUGUAGUGCGAGAAUGUGGUGGUGUCGAUGUUAGCAAAGCAGUGAAAGAUGUUCCGAAAACUCUCGACGACCCUCGGUUCCUCGAGAACGUCAAUGCAGCCUACACGUAUGCCAACGCGUCGUUGUUGAAUCUCCUUUUGACGAAGAACUCGCUCACGACGCGCUUCCGUUCUUUAAAGCACUACUUCUUCCUGGAUCGCUCCGACUUUUUCUCCUACUUCCUCGAACUGGGAGCAUCGGAGCUUCGCAAGCCCGCUAAGAAUGUCAACGAAAACAAACUUCAGUCACUUCUGGAUCUGGUGUUGCGACAGCCUGGCAGUAUCGCGGCCCAGGACCCGUUUAAAGAGGACGUCAAGGUCCGAAUGAACAAGGUCGGGCUUACGAAGUGGCUGAUGCAGGUUGUGAGUGUUUCCGGUAUCGACCAGGAUAAUCCGGAGGCGGCCAUCGAGAAAUACCAGGCACCGACGCAGGGUGGAGAGGACGACAAAGACAUCCUGGGCUUCGAUGCUCUGGAGCUGGACUAUUCGGUUCCUUUCCCCCUCUCCCUCGUCAUUAGUCGGAAAACGGUUCUCCGGUACCAGCUGAUCUUUCGACAUAUCCUGUCGCUCCGCCACAUCGAAACCAUGCUGGUCACCUCAUGGCUAGACCAGAGCAAGGUGACCGCCUGGAGGCACAAGUCCUCCGACCGGCGAUUGGAGAUGUGGAAGCGGCGUGCGUGGAACCUACGCUCGAAGAUGCUGGUAUUUGUCCAGCAGCUCCUCUACUUUUGCACGGCGGAGGUUGUCGAGCCCAAUUGGCAGACUCUCAUGGACCGGGUGAAUGGAACCGAUGCAGAUGGGUCCGAGGUGACCGUCAACGGCACCAAACAAGUCAAUCGCACGGUGGACGAGCUCAUGCAGGACCAUGUAGAUUUCCUGGACACCUGCCUCAAGGAAUGCAUGCUCACGCAGGCCAAGCUGCUGAAGAUUCACCAUCGAUUAAUGACCUGCUGCACCAUGUUUGCGUCGUGGGCGACGUCGUCGCUUGCGCGGGCGCUCGCUUCCGCGGACCCUGACCUGGCCGGGAACAAGGCUGCUGGCUCAGAUGGUCGAGGAUACGAUCCGUCGCGUAUUGACAAGCUGGAGGAGACGCUGCGGCGAUGCGAGGAGCAUUUCAACCGACACUUGCGGAUCUUGAUGGACAGCUUGAAUUACUAUGCGGCGACAGAAAGUGUUGUUCUUCUUAAGCUGGCACACGCCUUGAGUGCGAUCAGCAAAGAGGACUGAACUGUUUGUCCUCGACUUGGAUCUUCCCGCCAGUAUCGCGCGAUCACCACACCAGAUGCAGCCUAUAGUAUGGCUAUACAUCCUGAGGGCACGUCCAGCCCUGAUACAGCCCCGCCAGCCAUAGAGGCCGCGCUUGCGGAGGCCUGAAUCACACGACGACUGAUUGCUCAGCGUCUCGUCUCGUCUUAUAUCGUUCAGUUUCUUAUUUGGUUCUUAGCAAGGCAGGAUGGAGUACUGGCGUGGAAGGACGACUUACGCCGAUGAUGAUUGAAUACCCAUACUGAAUAAUGCGCGAUAUGACUAGUUAGCUAUACCAUAUACUUUAUACUUGACAGUUCGGAAUGCUCGGGUGUCUCCGCGUCGCAACGCUUACCCAAAGCGUCACUAGGC